CUUUCAUUUUGAUAUGUUUUCAUUUUGAUAUGUUUGCAUUUUCACUUGAUAUGUUUUCAUUUUGAUAUAUGUUUUUGAUAUAUAUGUUUUCAGUUGAUAUGCUUCAUUGAGAUUAUGUAUUAUGUUGCCUAAUUUUCUUGUGCAUUACGUAUGAGUUAACAUUCUUGAAAUGCUAUUCCAUCUCUUGUUGUCUUGUGUAGAGGAUUAAGAGGAAUAGCUUGCAACCUAAAUUUUGAUAUGUUUUUUAAGGAAGAAGAGCAAGGUUUAUCUUUAGAUCUCUAAUGUUCCCUUUUUUUAUAUGUGCGGUGGCUCUUCAUGGCGGACUGUGCGGUGGGGGCUCUUCAAUUUUUCGUUCAAUUUUACUUAGAGCUAAGGGUUUCUCUUUGAUUUUCGCUAGAUUAGUUUAAUUAAGCCAGGUAAAAAAGGUUAAAAGUUGACUUUGACCUUUUAAUUAUUACUAUUUUUUAAAACGAAAACGGGUCAGGAUAUGGUCAAACGGGUCAGGAUCUGAACAGGGUACGACUCGGAUGUACCAUACACCCGGGUGCACACAAGAUUUUGCCUAGUUUAAAUAACUAAACUCACAAAAUAUGGAUUAAUUAUCUCUAUAUAAUUAAUACCUUCAUUUCUAUAUCGCGCACUCAAACGGACCCUAAAGGCUUAUUAUAAUUGUGGGAUUGAUUAUUGGUUGUUAAUUUAUUUAAAAUAAAUGUCCAUUAAAAAAUGAAAUUGUAGCGUAAAAUAUAUCUGCCACUUCGCUUUCAGCCCAACACUUCCAUAGUUCCAUUAGUUAUCUUUUUUAGUUUAAUCCCAGCUGAGAGCGAAUUUUUCCCAGCAAAAAAUCUCUGAAGCGAAUUCUUCAAAAUCUGGGGCAAAUUUACCGGAUUUCAAUUUCCGGCGGCACUUCUUCACAAUGAGGAUUGUCGGACUGACCGGCGGCAUAGGAUCGGGCAAGAGUACGGUUUCAAAUCUCUUCAAAGCUCAGGGUAUUCCCGUCGUCGAUGCUGACGUUGUAGCUCGCAAUGUUCUGAAGAAAGGAACUGGUGGGUGGAGGAAAGUGGUGGCUGCGUUCGGCAACGAGAUUUUGCUGCCCAGCGGGGAAGUCGAUCGGCCGAAGCUAGGGCAAAUUGUGUUCAAUGAUCUUAAUAAGCGUCAGCUACUUAAUAGGUUGCUGGCCCCUUAUAUUUCCAGUAGGAUUUUUCUGGAAGUGUUCAAGUUGUGGAUGAAGGGCUGUAAAAUCAUUGUCCUCGAUGUGCCACUGUUAUUUGAGGCCAAAAUGGACAAAUGGACUAAGCCCAUUAUUGUGGUCUGGGUGGACCCUAAGACUCAGCUCGAGCGUCUUAUGUCAAGAGAUGGAACAACAGCCGAAGAUGCUAACAGUCGAAUCAAUGCUCGGAUGCCUCUGGAUUUGAAGAAGACGAAAGCAGACAUUGUGAUUGAUAACUCAGGGUCACUGGAUGAUCUGAGCGAACGUUUCAGACAAUCAUUGGUCGAUGUAAAAAAGCCUUUGACGUGGACUGAGUUUGGGUUGUGUAGAGAUGGAGCUCUUGUGGCUUUUGUUUCCAUUCUCUGUGGCGUUAUCAUAUGCAGGAAAGCUUUGUGAUUGAUUCUGAUAUACUUUUUUAGAAGCUUCUGAUGCUUUCUUACGUGCACCUCAUUGCCCAAGAAAAGCAUUUGUUCAAGUAUAGUAACUCCAGAAAUUUCUAGAUCUCACUUGUGUAAUUGACUUAACACAAUAGAUAAAGCGCCUGCAUAUACGGUGGAGUGUUCUCUUUGAGGAUCUCUAAGCGGGAUUCCAUGUGGUAAGAGAAAAAUCAAAUAUUUGUGGAAAGAAGCCUAGAAUUGCUUAAAUUAUCUCAAUUGUUUUUUGUAAGUUUUACCUUUUUUGAUUGGUUGAAUCGCUUGAUUUUAGGUCGUCUA